AAUGAAGCGUCCGCGUCUCCCCGCCGCCCGCCAGUGAGCUGUGUGGGUGCGAGAGGCGGGACUCCCCGCGAGGUAUUUUUGGCCGGACAGGCAAGGUGGUGACUAGAGGGCCACCGUCUUGGGCUUCAGUGCCAAGGGAAAUCGCUGCGCAGUGCCACCUCAUAUCGCGCUGUGAUGGGAUUUACUAAUUUUUACUAAUAUUUAGUGUUCUUCCGAGGAAGCUGACCACCACUUUCUUUCUCGAAGGCGGUCGCAGGAGGAGGAAGGGGGCUGUUUGCCCCCAAGGCUUUAUCUGAAGCAGGAAACAUCUCAGUAACUGAAGGAUGGGGUACUUGGCCUGCCCAGUGUGUGAGCGCGAGUCGCUUGCCAACGUGAGCGACUUGCAGCUGCGAGUUGCCACGGCUCUCACCCGCCCACUGACGUGCCCUAUCUGCAGCGCCUCCGUCAGUGGUCUGCAGGCCUUCCAUCACCACCUAGGAGCUCAUCUGCACCCUCAACACAAUGCUUGUUCAAGUCCUGGCACGCCUCCCGUGGCUCCUGGGACUGUCAUUUACCCACCCGUCAGUUCUCCAGAGAAUAUUCCAAAUCUAGAAAAUUUAGACAUAAAUGACGGUGGAGGGUGUGGUUCAAGUCCAGCCAGACCUCAGAGCGAGGCGGCGGUGGAAAAGUCCUCCUCGACAGACUGUAGUGUUAGUCAAGCCCAUAACUGUGACCUUUGUGGGCUUGUGUUUUCCUCAGAACACUUCCUUAAAAUCCAUAAAGAUAUUAUUCACUCUAAGAAAUGCUGUUUUGACGUUACAUGUAAACUGUGCAGAAAAAAAUUCAAAGACUUUGAAACGUACCGUAAUCAUGUGCGGGAGGAACACAGUGAGAGAAGAUACAUGUGUGAACAUUGUCCCAAAACGUUCAAGAUGAAAGGGAGCCUGCUGGUCCACACCCGCAUGUUUCACGACCCAUCGUCUCCCGGCACCUGCCACGUGUGCAACAAGACUUUUACCACCAGGGCCAGGAGAGAACUGCACGAAAAGCGUUACCACAGCCACCAUACCGAGCACUUAAACCAUGGUAAAGCAUCUCCCAUUUCGGCACUGAAUAAAUCUCAGAAAACUAAAACUUCUAGUCUUGGAGACGCCAAAAAUUGGCUAGAAACACUCAUGAAUGAGAACAAGACUGCAGGAGAGGAAGCUGUCUCACCAAAUGAAGCAGCAGCACACCAGCACCACCAUGUGCCCCACCAGUCCCCGCCGCCGCCGCCGUCACCUGUGUCGCCUUACACUUCUCACGCCACGAAGCAGCAGCAGCAGCAGCAGCAGCAGCAGCAGCAACAGCAGCAGCAGCAGCAGCAGCAGCAACAACAACAACAACAACAGCAGCAGCAGCAGCAGCAGCAGCAGCAGCAGCAGCAGCAGCACCAGCAGCAGCAGCAGCAACAGCAGCAGCCAGACAUUAAUAUGAUUCCUGAAAGCCAUUCGGGACAACACUUCAUAAGUCAGCAAUCGAAUCCCAGUCCUCAUCAAAGGACGGAACAAGCAGAGGUUAAGGAGUAUCACUAUCACCAUCAGCAACAGUUGCGUCACAUUCAACAGGCUACUUUUGAGACUCACAUUCACCCUGCCAAGCUGUCAGCAAAGGAGCUUGAGGGUCAACACGCGUGGGGGCAGGAGGUACAGGUGCAAUCAUACGUUACUUUGCAAGAGAAAGCUUUGCCUCAGCAGAAACCUCAGUCUGAUUUGUAUUUCGCCCCAUACAAAACUAAUAUUGUAUUUCCAUGCCAGAUGCUUCAGCAGAAUCUCGGUCGUUCACGCAUCAUCGAAUAUAGCGACAUGAAGGAAGAAAAGAAACUUCCUAUCCCCCCAUACAGCACAGCGUCAGAAAAUACCUCGACAAGUCGCGUGGUAGGGAACAGCCACACUCAGAGCAGUCCUGUGGCUGUUGUGUCGCCUCAGCCUCACAAAGCUGAAACCCCGCCAACGGAGAACAUGGAUGUAGUGCAAACCCACGCUGAAACCAGAAGGACCAGUUUACCCCAUGCAGUCCAUGCUAAUUUCAACAAGUUGCAGAGUCCUCCUCAGAAUGAUUCAACGACGCGACAGACCUCCACCAGCUACGCAAAUGAACUCACGGUGAACACCCCAGGAGGAACCAGUGGAGGUGGAAAUGUCAAUAGUGCCAAUUUAGGCCUAGUUUAUCAAAAUAUCAUGCCUAACCUGACUCCGCAAACUAUCAUCAACCACAAGUCAGGAAUACGUGCAUCUUCUCAGCUGCUACCUGCUAACCUCUGUCAGACGGACAAGAAAGGACAGACGGUUGACAGUAGCGUUCAAGUGACGGAGACGCAGAAGGGGGUUUCGACGUGCGAAGUCCGACCCUUGGUAACAGGACAGCAGGAGACAACGAGGCCCAAUCCUCCGCCUGCAACCGUCACCAAGAAGGACGGCAGAGGGUCGGAGAGCAACAAACAGUGGGAAUGUGAUGUCUGUAAAAAGUCCUUCACUACCAAAUACUUUCUCAAGAAACAUAAACGACUUCACACAGGGGAGACGCCGUACGCGUGUGCGGAGUGUGGCAAGACCUUCACCUUCCAGCAGAGCUACCACAAGCACGUGCUCUACCACUCGGACGACAAGCCGCACCGCUGCUCCUACUGUGGGCGAUCCUUCAAGGAGAUGUCUACCCUGCACAACCACGUCCGCAUCCACACCGGCGAGAAGCCCUUCGUGUGUGAGACCUGCGGGAAGGCGUUCCGUCAGCGCGUAUCUUACCUGGUUCACCAGAGGAUCCACACCGGCGUGAUGCCGUACACCUGUGAGGUGUGCCACAGGUCUUUCCGGUACAAGGUGAGUCUUCGCUCCCACAAGUGUGAACCAAGUGUCGCCUCCUCAUCCGGAGCCAACAAGGACACCGUGGACGCCGUGCACACCAGCCCGCCCGCGUCUGUCCCGCCUGCCCCGCCUACACCAGUCACGCCCACGCACUCCUCGCUUCCUGCUCCCACUCCACCCACGGUGGAGAUGGUUCCCGCCGGGUGUGUGGGCGGCCAGCAGGACCCAAGCCAGGGCGGCCCCAGGUGUCGUCCUCCCCUUGAGACCAUUGACGCGGCCGCCAUCUCCUGCGAGGGAACAACUCACCACGAAGAGAAGCGAGCCCCACAUCGGUCUCGUGGCGGGCGGGGCGGUGGCGGUGCUCAGGAUCCUCUUUCCAUGGCCUUCCUACACGCCCUUGUGGAUCCGCAUCCUGGACGCCCCCCGCCCCAGCAGGACCCAUCCCUCCCCUUCCCGAGCCUCUCACCGGGAGCUAUCGACGCGGACAUGGACCAUGAUAGUUUCCUUACCAAUCUUUUAAUGUAAUGCUUCUAAGAACCACGUUGAACCUUU